GUCACGGAAAAGGCCGAGGUGGACCCGGAAGUUCCGAUGCUCGCUGUCAGCUCGUUGUCAAAGGAUGUGUAGGUGCUGCUCCUUCUUUGGGUACCGACGCCCUUGAGCUGCACAAUUCCUCAAUUAAAGAGGCGUCGAAAUCCACGGGAGAGGUUGCCUGAGUUCGACACACAAAUAUCACGGUGAGCAGGAUUCAGGCUCAAUACAUCCAGUCUGUCGGACCACAGGGGCCUCAUCCCAGCAUGUCUUUGUAGAGAGGAAAACUACCAUAUCAGGACAGGAUGCAGUCUUCCAACCACCGACUGCGAGACAUGGAGCAGCACCAUCCGCUGCUCUCCGCCGGCAGCGACGUGGAGUCAGGGAGCAUGGCGGCAGGGGUGAUGGUGGGGGGUUCCCACGCGGGUCACUCCAGUGGAAACCGGCCGCUGUGGUUCAUCCAGGACAGCUGCGGAAUGGUGUGUGCCACCAUCACCUGGUUCCUGGUCCUCUACGCUGAGUUCGUGGUCAACUUUGUCAUGCUGCUGCCUGCAAGGAACUUUUGGUACUCGCUGCUCAACGGUGCCGCCUUCAACUCCCUCGCUGUCUUGGCGCUGGCCUCGCAUCUGCGCACCAUGCUGACCGACCCGGGUGCAGUUCCAAAGGGCAACGCCACCAAAGAGUACAUGGACAGUUUGCAGCUGAAGCCUGGUGAGGUCAUCUACAAAUGUCCCAAGUGCUGCAGCAUCAAACCUGAGAGGGCGCACCACUGCAGCAUUUGUAAGCGAUGCAUCAGGAAGAUGGAUCACCACUGUCCCUGGGUCAACAACUGCGUGGGCGAAAAGAACCAGAGAUUCUUCGUCCUUUUUACUAUGUACAUAGCCUUGAUUUCGGCGCACGCCCUCGGCCUCAGCGGCAUGCACUUCUUCACCUGUAUCAAACUCCAGUGGGACGAGUGCAGCGAGUUCUCUCCGGGCGUGUCCGUGCUGCUGCUGAUCUUCCUCUGUCUGGAAGCCAUCCUCUUCCUCACCUUCACAGCCGUCAUGUUCGGAACCCAGAUUCACUCCAUCUGCAACGAUGAGACAGAGAUUGAACGUCUGAAAAACGAGAAGCCCACGUGGGAGCGGCGCGUGAGGUGGGACGGCAUGAAGACGGUGUUCGGCGGGCCGCCCUCGCUGCUCUGGUGCAACCCCUUCACGGGCUUACGACUGCGGCGCCUCUUGCUCCAGACCACGGGGCGUCGCGCCGGGUCCGAGUUCUCCGUCUGAGCUGGCUCCCUUCAGGCGGGGCGGGAGAUACGGAAGAGAAACUCUGAAACUCUCACUGAGUCUUGUUUGUUUUUAUCGCAUGCAAGAUCGAAGUCUGGUGUGGAGACGCCCCUGGUAGUGAGACGCUGUGGACGCUUCAGGAACAGAGGGUCUCCAGACGGACGCCUGUGGUGCGCCUUCAUCAUUGGAGAUACCAGGGUUAGGGUGACGCCGGGCCUCCGUCCUCAUGGAGACUGUUUUUAGCUUUUCCAACCGACGGGAGACUCCUGGUCGGUCGGGAUGAAUUUUUUAUCAAAACCAUGUGGAUUUCACGUCACCUUUUUAGUCGCCUGUUGGCUCGGACCUGCUGCUUCACUGAACCUGUGCAUAUCCACGGCAACUGCAGCUGCUCUAAGACUGAAUGUGAAUAGUUCCACCGGCAUAUCUUACUCUCUCUGGGCCCAGUUAUCUUAUUUUUAAACUUCCAGUCUUGGGGGGACCUCGAAGGUCUUCCUGCGACGCCAAACCUUUCCAGCAGUACCUGAACAACACACGCCUCUUUGCAUCGUCAACCCGAUUUGACGACUCUUCUCGCUCUUUUAUCAACUUUGGAAUUUUGCACUGGAUUUCCGUGGCUUUUUUAAAUCUGGAAUUUCUCACCCGAGUGUGACCGGAUGACUUCUGCUGGAUAUGGAGGGCCACUUUUACUGGACAACAUGCUGGUGUUUUUUGUGGGUCGUUGACACUAAGUCAGGGGUGUGAGGGGGGUUCCCAUGCUGUGAUGAAGAAUGUUGGGGAAGGGCGGGGGGGUCGUUCACUCUGAGAUUCAUCAACACUGUUCAGCUGUCUGUGAGUCCAUGCUGCCUUGCCAUGAAGCGACUAGUGUCGUGGUAUAUGGAGCAUCUCUCCUGCCGGGAGUGCAUUGUGACCGGACCAGGCUCCGCUGCAGCUCAUGGGGCAGAGGAGUUACGUUUAGCUCACUGGUGAUGCAGUUCCGAGGCAUGAACUGUUUGGCAAGAUUGUCAAAACUUUGGGCAUUGACCACCACAACAAGUCACUUUUCAAGCUCAGAUUGCGUUUUAGUGUUUGAUCAAACCGAGCUGAUCGCUGCCUGAGACGUCUCAAGCUUCCUGGAUCUCGAGCUGUCACCGUUAAACUCUUGGCUGGAGUUGCUCGACAUAAUCAAGUAUUUUAUUGGAACGGUCCCGAGUCAUUAGCUGACAGAGUCGUGGACGUGCGCGGCGGAAGGUCCGUCGACCGACGUGCUCCCUGGCGCACGCCGCUUCACUCGCCGACAAGUUUAAGCUUGCUGCUGCCCUGAGAGAAACUCCGACUAUAUCAAUCUUCCGGUGAUCGGUUGGAGGUUUUUAUUUUUUAAUUAUUGUGUCAUGAUCUUCAAAUGUCAUUCUUUUUACAUAAUAA